AUAAUCGAAGCUGCACCAUGUCUUAUAUGUUACCACAUUUACACAAUGGCUGGCAGGUGGACCAGGCCAUUCUUUCGGAGGAAGAUAGAGUUGUGGUAAUUCGUUUUGGUCACGAUUGGGAUCCUGCAUGCAUGAAAAUGGAUGAAGUUCUCUACAGCAUUGCGGAGAAAGUGAAAAAUUUCGCUGUGAUUUAUUUGGUCGAUAUUACGGAGGUUCCUGAUUUCAACAAAAUGUAUGAAUUGUACGACCCAUGCACGGUGAUGUUCUUCUUCCGCAACAAACACAUUAUGAUCGAUUUGGGAACGGGUAAUAAUAACAAAAUCAAUUGGCCACUGGAAGAUAAACAAGAAAUGAUUGAUAUUGUGGAGACAGUGUAUCGAGGAGCAAGAAAAGGUCGUGGUCUGGUUGUAUCUCCCAAAGAUUAUUCAACGAAAUACAGAUACUAA